GCGGGUGUCUCACAGCGAGUGUCUCACAGCUUCUUCGUCUCACAGCGAGUGUCGUCUCACAGCGGCAAGGGCGGCAAGGCCGGGCCGGAGCGAGACGAACCUGGCUGACGCCUCCGCGCUCAACAGCAGCACCGUACAGCUGUCACCCACACACAGACAACAGCCACGAAGUGGCAGUGACGUUCCACGGCGCUUGUGCCAGGCUAGGUGCACGUUGAGACCAUCAGUGUUGGAAAGCUCGCUGCUGGGAGGUCACGGGCAGGCCCUGGUGUUCUGGGUUGACUGCCUCAGAUGACUGCUCCCCGCUGUGCCAUCUUACACGCACAUACAGUAUCUACUGUACAUACAACACAAGAGGCAAAGACUUUAAAGAUACACUUUUUUGGGGCAAGAGCUCUUCGCCAUCACUUACGAAGACCGGCAGGGCACACGGAAGGCCUUGGAGGUCAGCACCACGCACGGGGCCACCUGUUUCCCCAGUGCUGACGUUGACUACACACACACAGCACACCAGGUCCUCGUUGAAGGCCGAGUCGACCUAGGAGGGGUCCCCCCAGACACAAUGGGAGCGCGUUCACUGAGAAGCCGCCGCCGCCGCCGCCGGGAGAGGUCGCGAGGGCGACGCCCGGAACGUGAAUCGGGCGGCGAGAUGCGGGCACAGCCGCGGGGCUUGGUUUGUGACAGCAGCCAGAUGGUGCAGAUGCGAGGCCUUGUCGUGCUUCUUAUGUCCAAAGCGGCCGGACCCAAACCUAGCAAGCAGCCCGACGGCAAGAUCUCGUCCGAUCCCGAGGUGAUGGUAGACGGCAUCUACCCAAGCCAGCGCAGCUUGGCGGAGAUUGCCGAGCUCAUCCACACGGCGUUUGCCGUGCACCGCGGCAUCGUGGAUGUCGCCGCCAUGGUACUCAGCGACGACUGCCGCGACGACAUGGAUUUUGGGAACAAGAUGGCGGUGCUCAGCGGCGACCUCUUGCUUGCGAACGCGUCCACGGGGCUGGCGCGCCUCAACAACACGCAUGUUGUGGAGUUAAUGUCCAGCGCGAUUGGAGACCUCGUGCAGGGGUUGUUCUACGAAGGAAGUGGAAGCGAACAGGUUCCGGAGAAUGCCAGUGUCUGCGAUUAUCUGGACCGGACCUUCCUCUCCCACGGUGCCUUGCUUGCCAAGAGCUGCCAAGCUACACUCGUGCUGGCCAAUCAGAGCGCCGAGCUGCAGCGGUCCGCGUUCAGCUACGGCAGGGACAUGGCGGCGGCGCACCAGCUGAAUCUGGACAUGCAGCCGUUUAUUGGGGUGGACAAUGAUGCGGUGCACUUCAGCUUUCACUCCGCGCCGGCGAUCCUGCACCAAGAGCGAGUGGGAACAAGAGCCUGGCAGAGCGCCGUCAAGAAGGCCACAGAUGCCUCGGGACGCAUUGACUUUGGAAAGCUGGCCUCCUCCCCGGAUGUGCGCCAGUCGGUGCUCGCCACAUCCCAGCUCUGCCACCUGCACGGAGAACGGGCGCUGGCGGCGCUGGCGGCGCUGCCUCCGUCUCCGGCGCGCGACGCCCUCACCACGAUGGCGCACGCCGCCUCUGUGCUGUGAGAUGACGCCGCCUUCAACGUCAUGGCCAUCCCCACCCCACGCGUCAAACUUCGGCGAUGUCCGACUCGAAUGAGCAGAGGCGGUGCUCGUCUCCCGUUUAGGACCCUGAGCCGGUGGUGGAAAUUCCACAUUGCUAUGGUGGGGGGUGAGUUUCUCCACGGGACAACCCCUGUUGACUUCCCUACAAAGUAGUACAUGUUUUUACGAUGGGCUGAAUCAUGCCCAACCGGGAUUUGAAUUCUCAACCCCCGCUCGCUUGUGCGCCGUGCCACGUGGCUGGACUCCCAAGCACAAUAUAACAUUUGACAAGGCCCUACAGCUGUAAAUGAAACAUAACAUACACAAAUACGGGAAAACCUUGCCCAUGUCUGAAACACGAGGGGGGGGGGGGGGAUUUUUCUCUACGCGGUUUUAUGCUGCUACGGUGCGAAUUCAUUGACUGAGAACGAUUUACAGUAUUUGCCAUGUGUUUGUGUGAUAAUGUAAGGCAGUCGACAUGCACAAUGGCACAACACAAAUAG